AUGUCCGACAAACAUAGACAGAAGCAGCUGUUUCAGGCUAUGAAACAGAAGCACUUAGGCUUGGGGACAGAGGCAACAACAACCGAAGAAUGGAUGACUCAUGUACAUAGAGACACCUACUAUAGUUUGGCUUCACAUAGCUCAAUGUUGGAGUACUUGGCACUCUCGCAAGGGGACUCUAGCAAAAGAGUAACAGAGCUGCGAUUGAUUGAGAAGAUGUGUGGCGGACUCAGUAGUAAGCGCGCACGCGGAGAAAAUCGGGCGGAAAUACCUUUUAAACAAACAAAAUAG